UGCUGCCCGCGCGCGUAAACAGCUGCGUGGAUUUUUUUUAUUGGAGCAACUUCGUCUACGUUUCAAUAAUCCGAGUGAAUAAAAAGGCGCCUGUGGUGAAUAUUUGCGCGCUGAACAUCUGUAUUUGUUGAGCCAAAGGGAUUACUUUGCGUCGGUGACGUCAGGACGACCUCAGCGCACAGCGCGGCCCACUGACGGCGCGCAAAAGGCAGCAGCGGCGGCGGCCGUGGAAGAGGACGCAGCCCGACCUUGGUGCUGGGAACAGUUGGCGGCUUUUAGGCGGCGGGGCGCGGAAAAGUUUUGGCCCACAUUCAUGCUUAUCCGCGUGUGGGUGAUACGCGCGCGCGCACACACACAUCAGUCCAACCUCUUCCGUGUGUUGGAGCUGCACAGAGAAGGUCGCCAGUGUCCCUCACAGGAUCCGGGCAACGAAGACCGCACGGACUCAGUGAUUCUGGACUCCUGAAUAUUUGUGGCUCACUUUUGGAGCAGCGGGGGAUUUCUUCAACCCGCUGCGGAGAAUUACGCGCCGCUUUCCGCGUGUGUGCGUGCGCCUGUUUUAUUCUUUUAAAUAAUCUAGUCUGCUUUGGAUCAAGCCUGUGCAGAACAGGACGUGGACCAGCUGCGAACGAUGCAUUUCGUUUAAGUGGCCGGUGUGCUUCUGUACCAAGUGCCAAAUUGAGCCAUCAUGGCGCACGAGCGCAAUCGCAGCAUUGUGGAAAAGUACAUUUGCCAUAAACUCUCCAAACGGGGCCACGCGUGGGGACCCGAGGACCUCCAGGAGGACGGCGCCGCCAAUAACGGCUCCAUAGUUGCGGCACCACCGCCGACUUUGACGCGGCGGAGGUGCCGCGCGGCGGCCGGCGGCGGGCCCGACGCCGAGGGCAUCCCCCGCCUGUGCAAACGGCUCCCGCAGCCGGACCCGCACGCCGCCGUGCACAGGGUCCUGCGCGAAGCAGGGGACGAACUUGAAAGACUGUACCAGCCCGACUUCACAGAGAUGUCCCGCCAGCUGUACCUGACCUCCGCCACGGCGCAGCGGAGGUUCGCUGAGGUGAUAGACGAACUGUUCCGGGACGGGGUGAACUGGGGCCGGAUUAUCGCCUUCUUCGAGUUCGGGGGCACGGUGUGCGCAGAAUGCGCGGGCAGGGAGGACAUGAGCUCGCAGGUGGACAACAUCGCGGAAUGGAUGACGGAGUAUUUAAACGGACCUCUUAACAGCUGGAUCCAAGACAACGGGGGAUGGGAUGCCUUUGUGGAGCUGUAUGACAGACAGAGGGACUCUGUCUUCAGUUGCUCCUGGCCCUCCAUCAAGACAGUCUUCGGCCUGGCAGCGCUCGGGGCAGCGAGCUUCACCAUCGGCGCGUACCUGACCCAGAAGUGAAGCCGUCCUGUUUCCAUCAGCUUGACUUCAUUCCUCACCUUCAUCUUUGCACCCCCUCCUGUUUCCUUUUAAAGAUGCCCCUGACCCCUCAGAGACACCCUUCAGACUACCCCCCCUUCCCCCCACUCUGGCUCUCUUCAAAGCCUUCUCUCUGAAACUCCCUUUUUCUCACUCCUCCAUGUCAAAACAAAGACUCCAAUCAAAUCCAAACAACUGAAGGAACGGGAUGCACCCAGCAAGAUGCUUUUUUUUUGGAAGAAAAGCAGCCCAGAUAUAAAUCACACCAAUUUCACAAGGGCGGCUCCAGAAAUUUGUAGAUGAGGAGGCCAAGGGGGAGUGGACUGUGCAUGACAUUCAAAUAGUUUAGCUAAUGGUUUUACUUGCUUGUGUUUGUUGGUAAAUUAGCAACAUUUAAUCUUGUAACUUAGAGAAUAGUUGAUUUUGUCAUGAAACAGUAAUUUUGGAGCAGAUCCUAGAAAUGUAAACACAAUUUGAGAUUAUUUGGAUCAGUUUUGCAAAAACAGACUUGCAUAUAAUCCUGCAUUUAAAAAAAUAAUUUAAAAAAAGUGCCAAAGCAACAUGCAGAUCCAUACUGAAUACACUGUGGUGGCUCUGAGGAAAAAUGGGAGGAGCAAAAAGAAGUAGCACUAGACAUGUAGCUAACAACUGUCAACAUCAGGUGUGUGUUCGUGCUAAUCUGUGUUGCAACUAAAAAAUUAGAAAAAUGCUCCACCAGUCCGCUGCUGUGCAAAAGUUGCACGGACUAGAUUACAUUUCAAAACAUGUGGGAGGCAGUUUGUGCGCUGCCAGUUUAUAUAUGCAGAAUUUCAUCACUCAGUUGUGUCAUUU